AUUGCUGCCAUUUCCGUGGACGAAGGGAACGCCAGAGACUGCUUCGCGCCGGCUCCUCGUGCUCGGUGGGUGACGCGAGGGCGGGCCGCACCAUACCCUAAGAACCAACCGAUCAAAACAGGAGCUAAUUAAUUCGCCUAAUUUGUCUCUCGCCUCCCCACCAUUUCACUCUUCGGUCUUCAUCUCGUCUUCAUUCUCAUCCUCUCUCUCUCUCGCUGUCAACGAUGUCUAAGAGAAUUCUUUGCAAGUUUUUUAUACAUGGAGCAUGCUUAAAAGGGGAGUACUGUGAAUUUUCCCAUGAUUGGCAAGAUCAACCCAACAAUAUAUGCACCUUUUACCAGAAAGGAGUGUGCUCUUAUGGUAGUCGGUGCAGAUAUGACCAUGUUAAAGUUUCUCAUCAUCAAACAUCUGGCCCGUCACCGUCAAACUCUCAUCCUCAUGUUACAUCAGAUUCUCAUCAAGCUACUCGCCCUUCUGUAGUAUCUUUGACGAGAGAAUAUAAUCCAAAAUUAAGCACAUCCAUAGAUGUAACAUCAAUGAGUCCACUUCAUACGUUUUGCUGUACAUCUGCGUGGACAAAAAAAAUUGAAGCAGAUGCUUCAUUAAACAAUGAGAGUGGCCCCUGUCCUCCAGAUGGUAGACCUGCCGAUCUGCCUAUAUGCUCAUUUGCUGCUGCUGGUGUAUGUCCUCGUGGAGAAAUGUGUCCUCAUAUUCAUGGUAAUUUGUGUUCCAUUUGUGGAAAGCAUUGCCUGCACCCAUUCCGAUCUAAUGAAAGAGAGGAUCAUAUAAAAAUGUGUCACAAAAAUAACAUGCAUCUUGAAGCUUUGAAAUGCAGCCAGGAGAUAGAAUGUAGUGUUUGCCUUGAACGUGUACUCUCUAAACCUACAGCAGCUGAACGAAAGUUUGGGGUACUUUCAGAAUGUGACCACCCAUUCUGUAUUUCAUGUAUUCGGAAUUGGCGUAGCAAUUCUCCAGCAUCUGGCAUGGAUGUCAACAGUGCCUUAAGGGCCUGUCCUAUAUGCCGACAGCUAUCAUACUUCGUCAUUCCCAGUGUCAUAUGGUAUUCCACAAAGGAGGAGAAACAAGCGAUAAUUGAUAGCUAUAAAACCAAGCUCAAGUCAAUAGAUUGUAAAUAUUUUGACUUCGGAAAUGGGACUUGCCCCUUUGGGACUAGUUGUUUUUACAAGCAUGCUUAUAGAGAUGGUCGUCUAGAAGAAGUGAGACUGCGCCAUCUAGAUGCUGAAGAUGGAAACACUGUUAUUGCUAAAGAUAUUAGGCUUUCUGACUUCCUUAGUGGAUUGUAUCUCUAGGUUCAUAUUGCUUGUGUCUAAAAAUGAUAUAUAUUAUGUCCAAGUCAGCUCAUUGUACUGGACUAGAUGUGUAAUUCUAGUGAAUACUUUCAAGUGCAGAAUUGUCUCUGGAUACGAAUGAAGGUAAGAAGGUUAUAGGGAACACCAUUUUGAUCGGCUGUAGAUUGUGUGUGGACAAGUUAGGAAAUUUAAGUACAAGACCAUAAAAAUAUUGGAUAAAAAAAGUGGCAGUGUGUGACGCAUAAGACAUCUGUGUAUACUUAGUUUUGAACAGACAAUGCAGAUUAGAAUUUUGUCCUUAA